AUGCAGCUGCACAUCGAAUCACAGCUAUUUUCUGGGGUAGCUAAAGUAGUUGAGUAUUGGGAAGCUGUUCUUAAACUCCUCGAUAUAUACAAGGCAAAGGCUUGCUUGAAGGAAAUACACGCUGCGACGCUUAGGAGACAUGUACAUCGCCUCGAAAAUGUUUCUUCGGAUGAUGCUGAAGAAGAAUCAUUCUCUCAAGAAGAGGCUGAUGAUAUGGAAGCAGAAGAGGCGGCUUGUUCGUUUUCUCCAGAGCUCAUGCACGGUGAUGAUGAUGAUGAUCGUGAAGAAGCAAUUGAUUCCUAG